GCUGCUCCUCCUUCCUCACAAUGUUGUGUUACCUCUCUCGCUGUACUUGGAAUGAAGCUCUCGGGAAUCGAAGUGUAUAUAAAGACAAGAAUGGGAGAUCCCGAACGAAUCAAAGAGUUCCAAGUUAAGACGGAUGUGGCCACUAAAACUGCUACCUGCUUCAUUCCCAGUAAAGAGGGUCAGGUCAGUUCCGUGGCCCUGCGAUGCGCGCACAUGAGACUUGCUAAUAUUCUCAGUUUUCUCUGCAUAUCAAAGGAGUUCGAAAUUUGUUGGAAGUCUGAGCUUGCAAACAAUCUCAGCUUUAGAAGCUAUAUCGACGGCCGGGCCAUGGGUCGUUCUUCAUGCUGUCCAUUCAGACAUGGAUCGAGAUGGGGGAUCCGCUCUUCUCCUACCACCCGGUUGCCUUUCAAAUUUGCGAAUGUCGUCCUUUCAGACGAUGAUUCUUUGAUGACUGACGGUUCUGGGUUGCAAAACAUUGGGACAAUUGUGGUUGAAGUCGGACGUAUAAUUCAUGCGGAGGGCAAGCUUGGGACGAACUUCGUACUUCCCGGCGAAAUUGGCCCUGUUCAUGAAAAGACAAAGAAGGCAGGUUCGCACUGCGUCAUGUUUGGAGAAACAGUUCCCUGUCCGAAUCAUGCACGAACUAGUAGUCGUCCACUAAACCCCGGCGAGGGCAUCUGGGCGAAGUUCAUCUUUCAAUAUCGACCUAGAGGCUCAGGGUAUUAUUAGUAACGACGCACCGACCAUUCUGAAACGUUCGAGGAGUUCUGCUGCGCUAUCAUCGCCGACAAGAUCACAACAAAGAAAGGUCUCUGCACUUGACAACGCUCGACCAGCCAAGCGUGUCAAGCGAGAAGCCACUCUCAUCGACGAUGACCCAAUUGAUUUAACAGUUGUCAAAGAAGAACCCCCUAGACUACUAGACCCAUCGCUGCAGGGCACGGUUAUUGACUUGACGUUGGACGACGAGUAGCAUGUGUCGACGUCAGCUGGUUCUUAGGAUAUAAUUUAUUGUGCCCCUGGUAUUUUAUGUUUACAGUAUGAUUUCUUGUGUUGUAUGCUCGGUUCACCGUAAUGCAUACGGGACAGGUCGUAAAGGAAUAAUAUCGGUUUCUAUAGAUGAAGACAUGAUAGAAGGACUAAAUAAAGGUCCGAAAAAUGCAACGUAAAGUAGUUGUAUUUAGAAAUCUUUGAAACCGGGACCAAGUUCGGUACCAUAUGCAUCUUGCAUCUUAUGAAAGU